CGGACGGAAGGUGGUGAGAAGGAUCAUGGCUGACUGCCGUGGUACGGUGGCGCGGCUUGGCCCGCGGGCGGAGGCAGGCGAACAGGCAGGCAGAGAGAUAACCGGUAGCGGGAGAACUCGAGGGACUCGAAAGAACUCGGACUCGGGCUCAGCCGAUUGUUAUCAGCUUGUCAGUGGCGAGCCGGACGGGUGUGCCGCUAACCCCCCACAUUCGCUAGUAGAGGCCGGGAUGCUGCUUAUCUCGCGCGCCCUCGCCGCGAACAGACAGGAUAAGCGUGUGCGCCCGUACAGCGACAGUAGCAGUAGGUAACCACUUAUCAGCCUGCCGUUGCUGAAUGCGGCCGCCCGCCGCCUUUCUUUCUUUCUUUCUUUAAUAAACGCCCUGCCCGCCCCGGCCGUCGCUUUCAUCACCCACGUCAGCAUCCACCAACUACCACUCGUUCCCUCUUUCUCUCCCUCUCUCCCAUCUCACACAAUGGAGACUGAAAAGGGCGUCCACGACACCUACUCGUCUGAGUCGCCCGUCCCGCCCGCAGUCGGCGAGUCGGCUGCCCACAAAGACAAAUGGACUACGCGCUUCGUUGACAGCUUUCGCCGCGACCCCAACGCCGGCACCACUGCCUCGCAUGGCAAUGGUGGCAAGGGCUUUGACAUUGAGACGGCCGCCGCCGCCACGGCCGAGUCGCCGCUCGCCCGCAAGCUCAAAGGUCGUCACUUGCAGAUGAUUGCCAUUGGUGGAUCUAUUGGUACUGGUCUCUUCGUCGGUUCCGGCAAGGCUCUGGCCGCCGGCGGCCCCGCGUCGUUGCUCAUUGCUUUCGGUCUGAUCGGCGUCAUGCUUUACUGCACCGUCCACGCCCUGGGCGAGAUGGCCGUGCUGUUUCCCGUUGCCGGCUCCUUCUCAGCCUACUCGACGCGCUUCAUUGACCCCGCGUGGGGCUUCGCCAUGGGCUGGAACUACGCCAUGCAGUGGCUGGUCGUGCUGCCGCUGGAAAUCGUCGCCGCGUCCAUCACUGUCAACUUCUGGAACCACGGCGAGAUCGACAACAGCGCGUGGGUGACCAUCUUCCUCGUCCUCAUCAUCUCGAUCAACAUGUUUGGCGUCAAGGGCUACGGCGAGGCCGAGUUCGUCUUCUCCAUCAUCAAGGUCAUAGCCGUCAUCGGCUUCAUCAUCCUCGGCAUCAUCCUCAACGUCGGCGGCGGACCCCACGGCGGCUACAUCGGCGGCCGGUACUGGCACAACCCAGGCGCCUUCAACCACGGCUUCAAAGGCCUGUGCAGCGUCUUCGUCACAGCCGCCUUCUCGUUUGCUGGCACCGAGCUGGUCGGUCUGGCCGCGGCCGAGACGGCCAACCCGCGCAAGGCGCUGCCCACGGCCGUCAAGCAGGUCUUCUGGCGCAUCACGCUCUUUUACAUUGUCUCGCUGACGCUCGUCGGCCUGCUGGUGCCGUACAACGACCACCGUUUGCUGAGCGGCAGUUCGUCGGCCGACGCAACCGCCUCGCCCUUUGUCAUCGCGAUCCAGAACGCGGGCAUCAGCGGCCUGCCGUCGGUCAUCAACGUCGUCAUCAUGAUUUCCGUGCUCUCGGUCGGCAACUCGUCCAUCUACGCGUCGUCGCGCACGCUGGCCGGUCUGGCGAGCCAGGGCCAGGCGCCGCGCAUCUUCGGCUACAUUGACCGCAAGGGCCGUCCGAUGGUCGGCAUCAUCUUCUCGUCGGCGCUGGGCUUCCUGGCGUACCUGGCAUCGUCUCCCGCCGAGGGCGACGUGCUGAGCUGGAUGCUGGCCAUCUCGGGCCUGUCGUCCAUCUUCACGUGGGGCAGCAUCUGCCUGGCCCACAUCCGGUUCCGACGCGGCUGGGCAGCGCAGGGCCACACACUCGACGAGCUAGCGUUCCGCUCGCAGCCAGGGACCAUCGGGUCGUGGUGCGGGCUGAUCUUCAACAUCCUGGUGCUCAUCGCGCAGUUCUGGACGGGCUUUGCGCCCAUCGGCUACUCGGAGAUGAGCGCGGGCGAGAUGGUCGAGAGCUUCUUCGCCGCGUACAUUGCCUUCCCCAUUGUCUUGCUCUUCUACUUCCCCUACAAGUUCUGGUACAAGACGCCGUUUGUGCGCGCCAAGGAUAUGGAUCUGCAUACCGGUAUCCGCGAGAUGAAUCUCGCUGAGCUGAUUGCCGAGGAGAGGGCGGAGCAGGCGACGUGGCCGGCUUGGAAGCGCGCGUGGAAGUUUUUGUGCUAGUUGCUUGCGUACGCGCGCACGGGUUGCUGCCGAGGUGGAGGCUUUUUCUUCUUCUUGUUGUUGUUCAUGUUGCCGAUGUUGUUGAUGAUCUUUUUUUUU